GCUAUCUCCCUCUUUCUCUAGCUCUCUCUCUCUUUUUUUUUUACUGUUUCUAUUUCUAGUUGAUUCUAAAACACUCUCUCCCUCAAUCUCACACAAACAAAUUCUCUCUCAUACACACAUAGAUCACUGACAGGGAAGUGGAGAUCGGCGUUCUAUAUGUUUUUUUUUUUUUUGGUUCUGGUUUGAUUAGUUUUAUUUUAUUGUUCAGAUUUCAUUAGGCAUAUGAGAAAGAUGGUUUUUGUUUUGAUUGUGGUAUAUUACUGUUGAGAUAGAGAAGCACGAGAGAGAAAUAAUUAUUUUUUUAUUCAACAGGUAUAAUUUUCAGGGAGAAUAUUGUUUAGAGGUCCUACAGUAAGUGCUACAGUAUUCUCUACUGGUAGAGAAGUACUGUAAUAACUCUAAUCUAAAAAAUUGGAGAUGGUGAAGUUUGGAGUGAAUUUUUAAGGUGAACAAUAGGCUUUUGUCUCAAAAAAUAGAUAUAGAGCAUCCGGUGAAAAUGCUCUAAGAGAGCUACUUUAACAACUCUAAAAAUAAUUUUAGAGUUAGACACGCUGUCGGAUUGUGAUUUUGGUGUGUUUGCUCUCAAAAAAAAGACUCUGGAGAGCCUAUUGGAAAUGCUCACCCUGCUUUCCUCACAAAUUGUGAUUGAUGGCAAGCAAAAGAGUAAAAAGAACAUAUCGUUUGCAAUCUUCGAUCUUCUUCUUCUUCUUGUAUAUAUUCUUGUUUUGUUCCUCUGAUGUAUAUUGCUCCGCUAGAGAUAUUUUGAAGCAUGGCGAGUGGAUCAUUGACAACGGUUCAACUCUUAUCUCCGCGGGAGAAAAGUUUGAACUUGGAUUUUUCACCCCUUCGAAAAGCUCCAGCUCCAAAAGGUUCGUCGGGUUAUGGUAUUACAAAUGGGGUCGUCAACAAGCAGUUGUAUGGGUUGCCAACCGGGAAAAGCCACUUAACGGUUCCACCGGAAUGUUUGGAAUUGCAGAAGAUGGAAACCUCGUGGUUUUGGAUAAUUCUAGUUCUGGAAAAGAAUAUUUUUCAGCGGGUCUUAGUAAAUCCUCGUCCCCAAAUCGGAUUGUGAAGCUCAUGGAUUCUGGAAAUCUGGUCGUGAGCGAUGAAGAUCAAUCAGCAAUGAGUCUGUGGGAGAGCUUCAAAAAUCCAACCGAUACCUUUCUUUCAGGCAUGAAGAUGGAUGAAAAGUUUAAAUUGCUCUCAUGGAACGACUGGGAUGACCCGGGACCUGGGCAAUUUAUAUUUAAGAAAGAUGAAUUAGAAGGAGAGGAUAGCUACGUUAUCACAAAAAAAGCGGUUGAAUACUGGAAAGGUCGGAUCAAAGGUAAGUUCAUGAGCUCAGAUAAAAUAAUGCCCAACACUGUAGCCAACUUGUUAUUAAACUUUAGCGCGAGUGGCCGUUAUGCCUAUAACAAUAGGACUAAAAAAUCAGUGUCUCCGAAUUCUAGUAACGUAAGGCUGGUGAUGCAUCACUCUGGGAAGUUAAAUUAUCUGGUAUGGGAUAUAAACAAUCAAUCUUGGUCUUCGUCAUGGUCGGAGCCUAAAGACCAAUGUAGCAUUUACAAUGCUUGUGGGAAAUUUGGGAGCUGUAAUAUCAACAAUUGGUUCAUGUGCAAAUGUUUGCCUGGGUACAAGCCUACUAUCCUUGAGAAUUGGUAUUCUCAAAUAUUUUCUGAUGGAUGCAUUCAAACUUUGACAUCAUGUGACAAGAGCGGGACAUUCUUGAGCUUAAAAAUGAUGACAGUGAUUAAACCAGACACGGUUUCCGAGGUAAAAAAUGAAGAAGACUGCAAAAAAUUGUGCGUUGAGGAUUGCAACUGCCGGGCUUAUUCAUAUGAGGUAACUGAAAACAAGGCUAACACGAAAAGAGCUGGUAAUUCUACUAGUGCCAACAUAUGCUUGAUUUGGAAUGGUGAUCUAAGUGAUCUUCAAGAGGAGAAUGUAAACGGUCGUAACAUCUCCAUUCGCGUUGCAAAAUCCGAUAUAGGAUCGUCUGUAAGGAACUGUGAGCCUUGUGGCACAAACGCGAUCCCCUAUCCACUGAGUACAAGACCAAAUUGUGGUGACCCCAUGUACUCUAACUUUGAAUGCAACAAUUCCACAGGCCAGCUAAGCUUCAAGUCACCUACUGGAACCUAUCGAGUCGAUGGUAUCUAUCCAAGUGAAAGGAAAUUUAUCAUCGAAGUCAAACAUGCAGAUAUUAGUGAUGCUAGAAAUUUAGGAAGAGUUCUGUCGCACAAUCAUUCCUUGCCUUUUGUGAACAGCUCGUUCCUUAAAGCUCCGGGCAAUAUUAAUUCUAAUAUUACAGGUGUAGAGAUUAGUUGGAAGCCAACGCCGGAGCUAAUGUGCAAUUCACCCGCAGACUGUGAGGAUUGGCCUAAUUCAACUUGCAAUGCAACAACAGAUGGAAAUAUGAGGUGCCUUUGUCUCCCAAACUUCGUGUGGGAUGCCUCAAAUUUGAAUUGCACUCAUCAAGGUGACACUCCUCCGUCAGAAGUAGUUGGUAAUCCUGGGUCGGUAGAUGAGGCUUCAUCACGGAAGAUUUCAUUGUCUUCGAUUGUUGCGGUAUCUCUUAUAAGUGUGAUUGCUUUCUCAUGUACCAUUAUAUUUGUAUAUUUCUGGAGACGAAAGAUGGCCAAGAGGCAAGAAAACAGAAACAAUGAUAAAAGAAAUAGAGUACUUCGCACAAUGAACAGUGAACAACAUGUUAAAGACUUGAUAGACUCAGGUGAUUUUAGAGAAGAAGGUGAGACAGACAUAGAUCUACCCUUUUUUGAUUUGGAAAGCAUAUUAGCUGCUACAGAUGGUUUCUCAAAUGCAAACAAGCUUGGACAGGGGGGCUAUGGGCCUGUUUAUAAGGGUACAUUUCCAGGAGGCCAAGAAAUGGCAGUAAAGAGGCUCUCGAGUGCCUCCGGACAAGGCUUACAAGAAUUUAAAAAUGAGGUGGUGUUGAUUGCGAAACUACAACAUAGGAAUCUUGUUAGACUACGGGGAUAUUGCAUAAAAGGGGAUGAAAAGAUUUUACUCUAUGAGUACAUGCCAAAUAAAAGCUUAGACUCUUUUUUAUUUGAUCCAAAGCGGAGCAUGCUAUUGGAUUGGGAGAUGCGCUUCAACAUCAUCUUGGGAAUAGCUCGAGGGCUUCUUUAUCUUCACCAAGACUCCAGAUUAAGGAUCAUCCAUAGAGAUAUGAAAACUAGCAACAUUCUUCUAGAUCAAGAGAUGAACCCCAAAAUAUCCGACUUUGGCUUGGCUAAGAUUGUUAGAGGCAAAGAAACUGAAUCAAACACCGCUAGAGUAAUUGGAACUUAUGGGUAUAUGGCUCCGGAGUAUGCAUUGGACGGAGUUUUCUCAACAAAAUCCGAUGUUUUUAGUUUUGGAGUAGUUUUGCUUGAGAUUAUUAGUGGAAAAAAGAACACUGGAUUUUACCGAUCAGAGCAAGCCAUGAGCCUUAUAGGUUAUACAUGGAGAUUGUGGACAGAAACCAAGGUGUUGGAUUUAAUGGACCAAACUCUACAUGAAUCUUGCAAUGCAGACCUAUUUACGAAGUGCGUAAAUGUUGGACUCCUAUGCAUACAAGAAGACCCAAGUGAUCGUCCCACCAUGUCAAAUGUUGUUACCAUGCUUGAUAGUGAAACCGUAACAGUUCCAACUCCUAAACAACCAGCUUUUGUUCUAAGGAGAGGCGAAUCUAGCACUUCUUCUAGUAGACCGGAAACAUAUACAGAAAUAACUACUAGUUUAGAAGAAGCAGCGUAAUGCAUUAUUGUAGUUCUGAGUGCAUGCUUGCUCUUUAUUGCACUUGUAAAGUUUCUCAUGCACAAAAGAUUGAUUUCUAGUUGUAUUAUUGUAAUUGUAACCUUUCUUUUUCCUUGGUAACUAUUCCUUUGCUUUUUUAUCA